CGCCCGGCACCUUUCGUCCAGGCUCUUCCGCGGGAUGGCGGCUGAGGGCCGCACCGUGGGGCUGGGUGCUGCGCCCUAGCACACGCCGCUCUGCAACGCUGCGGCGGGACGCGGAACCGGGUGCGGAGCCGGGCGCGGCCCAGACCCGGCUGCGCCUCAGCCCCUCUCCGCCGCCGCUUGAGGCUCUUCCCGCCUCCUCGCCCCGUCCCCGGCUAUCGCAGCAGGUAUGGGCUGUUUCUGCGCGGUCCCGGAGGAAUUUUACUGCGAAGUUUUGCUCCUGGACGAGUCCAAGCUCACCCUGACCACCCAGCAGCAGGGCAUCAAGAAGUCAACGAAAGGGUCAGUUGUCCUGGGCUACGUAUUUCGUCACUUAAACCUAGUGGAGAUAGAUUACUUUGGACUGCGCUACUGUGACCGAAGUCAUCAAACGUACUGGCUGGAUCCUGCAAAGACCCUUGGUGAACAUAAAGAAUUGAUAAACACUGGACCACCAUACACUCUGUAUUUUGGCAUUAAGUUUUAUGCAGAGGAUCCGUGUAAACUUAAAGAAGAAAUAACAAGGUAUCAGUUUUUCUUGCAGGUCAAGCAAGAUGUUUUACAGGGCCGAUUACCUUGUCCAAUUGAUACUGCAGCACAGUUGGGAGCAUAUAUAAUUCAGUCUGAGCUGGGGGACUAUGACCCAUAUAAGCACACUGCAGGUUAUGUCUCGGAGUACCGCUUUGUUCCAGACCAGAAGGAAGAGCUGGAGGAUGCCAUAGAGCGGAUACACAAAACUCUGAUGGGUCAGGUUCCUGCUGAAGCAGAAGCAAACUUCUUAGGGGUGGCUAAAUCCCUGGAAAUGUAUGGAGUGGAUCUCCAUCCUGUUUAUGGUGAAAACAAGUCUGAAUAUUUUUUAGGAUUGACACCUACAGGAGUUGUUGUCUACAAGAAUAAAAAACAAGUAGGAAAAUAUUUUUGGCCUAGAAUCACGAAAGUUCACUUCAAGGAAACACAGUUUGAACUUAGAGUCCUGGGAAAAGAUUGCAAUGAAACUUCCUUCUUUUUUGAAGCACAUGACAAGACUACAUGCAAACAUCUCUGGAAAUGCUGUGUAGAACAUCAUAUGUUUUUCAGAGUGCCAGAGAAUGAAUCAAACUCUCUGUCAAGAAAAUUCAGCAAGUUUGGGUCCAUAGGUUAUAAACAUCGGUACAGUGGCAGGACGUCUUUGCAAAUGACCAGAGACCCUUCUGUGCAGCUUCCGCGGCCGAACCAGUGCAUUGAAAGAAGUCGCAGCAAGACUUACCCCAAAAGAACACAACAGACAGGAUCUAAGAACAUGAACCAGAUUACAAAAAAUGGGGAAAAUGAAGGAACUACCACAAUUAUUGCACCUUCCCCUGUGAAAAGCUUUAAAAAGAUGAAAAAUGAAAACAGUCCAGAAACCCAAAGAAGUAAGACAAGCGCACCAUGGGAGGAAGGUGGCCCACAGAGUGGGCUGUAUAAUUCUCCCAGUGACCGCAAUAGAUCUCCGAAGUUUCCUUACUCUCGGCGACGGAACCCAUCAGGCGGCAGUGAGAAUGAGUCCGGGCAGCCAGUCCGGAGGAGGAAAAAUCAGAACAGUGGCGAAGAUUCAGAUUUAAAGCACAGGAGAAGAUCAAGGUCUCGCUGUAACACCAGCAGUGGCAGUGAAUCAGAAAAUUCCAACAGAGAGCAUCGGAAGAAGAGAAACAGAUUACGGCAGGAGAAUGACAUGGUUGACUCAGCUCCUCAGUGGGAAGCUGUGCUACGGCGACAAAAGGAGAAAAACCAGGCGGAUCCAAACUACCGGAGAUCCAGGCACAGAUCUCGAUCGAGAAGCCCAGAUGUACAAGCUAAAGAAGAACUGUGGAAACAUAUUCAGAAGGAGCUUGUGGAUCCAUCUGGCCUGUCUGAGGAGCAAUUGAAAGAAAUCCCAUACACUAAAAUAGAGACUCAAGGUGACCCGAUCCGCAUUAGACAUUCACAUUCCCCUCGAAGUUACCGUCAGUACCGGCGGUCCCAGUGCUCUGAUGGUGAAAGAUCUGUCUUGUCUGAAGUGAAUGCAAAAACUGAUCUGGUGCCUCCACUGCCUAUUACACGAUCUUCAGAUCCUAGAGGUUCCAACAUCCAAUUGACUCAACAGAGACAAAAUGGAUCUAAAGACAGCCUAAUAGAAGAAACAUCUCAGCUAUCCACUAACGACAUCGAUGGAAAAUCCAUCACUAAGAUAAUAAAAACUGUACAGGUGUCACGCUUCAAGGUGGAGACUUGACUGCCGUAACUGAAGAUAGUGAAUGGAUUUUAUUCUUUGGAAACUGAGAUUUUGUGUAUAUGUGCAAGGGAAGGAGCUGAAGUCGAUGUGGUAGCAAUUUCUUCAGGACACGCUGAAGCGCAGCCUGAUUGCUGGGAAGGCCAAGCAAUGCUUUCAUCACUGACACCAUUCUAGUGGUGUGACUGAUUGACGAGAAGCUGCCUGAUUAGACAACAAAAAAGAAAAGUCAUGGUAAAACUGAAUGAUCAGCAGUUACGUUUCCAAAAAAUGAGCAAAAACAAUUUGCUGCAACAAGACAGGCUUUAUGGUCUGCUCUGUAACUGAGUAGCCUUUUUCCAAAAGAUGACUGUUAACUGACAUGAUCAGGACCAGAUGCUUCAAGAGAAGCAAAAUAGUCAUAUUUUUGGCCAAUUGUGCAAUACAGUGUGAUAUGGGGAGAAUUAUCUUCACAAUUUUAUAUGGGGAUCAACUUGUGUCCUGAGACAUAAGGACUGAUAGCUCUUAAAAGGUUUAUUUUAACCUAGCACAACAGCAAAUGCUCACGUUGCUAAUAAAAAUGUCGACUCAACUUGUUCUAUCUCAAAAAACAGUAGACUCGGUAACACCCUGUAGCAGAGAGUUCCAGAGGUGAUUCAGAUUUACUUUACCUUGGUUGUUUUAAGCAUACUCAACUUUGAAUGUACUUUUAUGGAAUGUUCAAAUAAAUAGUCCCUCUACAUACCAUAGAAAUACAUCUAUUACCUUAUCGUAAACCACACUGGAAAAAAAACCUGGAGAAUAUGUACUGACCCACCACAUUAACACUGCUUAGCAAGGCACUAAAGUACUGGUUAAAUUAAACUUGUAGAGUAGGAUUCUUUUUUUUUAAGCUAGAUUAGCAAAGUCUGCCUUAAUCUCUUUCCAUAUGAAAUAAUCAAUGCUAGUACCUUCUGAUACUUUUCUCUGAGCCAUUUCUAUGAUGAUAAAACAACAAAGGCAGUAUUUCAGGUAUAAUAAUUGCAAUUUUUUUAUGUUGUCACAGUAGGAAUAGUAAGAUUUAAUUAUGCUGCACAUUGAGUGGGUUAUCUCCUAGUAGAUAUCUUAAGUGAUGCCUAGCUCUUCUGUCCUAUUAUUUUGUACAAAUAGCUGAAGUUAUUUCUCUGCCUCCCAUUUGUCCACAGUCAGCACAUGGAUGAGCCUUCUGGUGUUGCCAAUUUACUAAGCUUAGCAAAAUCUUUGUGUUGUGAAAGUAACUUGUGUUAACUGUAAUCCCCAAACUAAACAUUGAAUUUGUCGAACAGCAUGGGAAAUGGCUGUAGUAGCUCAUGUGCCUUCUUACAUCUGUCCUGUUUAAACUCAACCCCUAACACCUUCAGUGACUGGCAGUGAUCCUGUGUCUUCUACCCUGAACAACACCACACCAGGGGACUGCAGCCCUGACAGAAAAGCUAUACUGUGUGAGAUACAUAAGGCAUCUGAGUUAUGCUUUACAAGAGGCGUACUAGUACACAUUUUAAGUAACAAAGCUGAGAAGUGAAACUUUGUAUGAUGUAUUCUAUUUUCCAUUCUAUUUUGAAUCUUUCUUGUCUUAACAUCUGAGGUGGGCAACAGGAUGCUACUGGCCUGGGUGGCAGCCAUACAGUUUGUAUAUUCCUGUUACACCAUGGAUUGGUCUGCAAGUUGGGAGAUGCUGCAUCGUGCUAGGGAAGGCAAAUUUACUUCAUAAAUAUUUUUCUUUCAUAAUUUAUUUUGGACAGUUCUGCUUCUUCAGUCUCAAUGAACAAAUCUAAGGGAAGGAAAGAGUUUCAAACCCCUCUGUGGUAAGAAGUCUGUUUUCAUGGAGCUUCUUCAGCAUUUUCUGAAUUUUCUAUGUAUUUCAUCCUAGGACAUUUUUGGGCUUGGCUUAAAGUAUUUGCUCAAACUGUUUUGUAAGUCUGUUAAAUGGUUUCAUUGUCAUUGCUCUGAUUUUAAGUCAUCCUUUAGGAUGUAUUUGUGACCUUGUGUAGUAUUCUCACAAGCACCAGUUAAACAAACAAAACCAAAAAAAAGAAAAACAAGCAAAAAACCAACAACACUGAACACAAUAAAAAAAUCACUGGGGCAACAACAGUACUGAUACAUAUUAAUCUAGAACAUCAGUGUCUUUUGGAAGACUACUGAAAUACGACAAACCACACAAGAAUUGCUUACAGUGUCUGCAAUGAAGCCACUCCUUACUUCUUCAAGAUGCUCCAAGUUGGAGCAUAUGCACUUGUUUGCAGUUUGUUGCUUUCUAAGUCAUUACCAUUAUUCUGCAUUCCUUACUCAGGCACAGGCAAGUAGAACAUAUCUACCACUUUAGGAGGAUUUGCUUUGUUACUGUUUGACAAUUGUCUGUACAUAGUGUCCGUAUCUUGCCAAUCCUUAAGUACUGAUCAAGACGAAAAUAACUUGUAAAGUUUAUAUCCAACCUCAUGUUUUCCUGUAUGUUGUCAUUUGCCUGUGGGCUUUUGUGUAUUGUUGCUGGAUGUCAUCAGGCAAGUGUGUUGUUUUCCUUAUCCCACUGCAUCAGGAGAUAGACUUCUAUCUAGCUUCCUAGUGAUAGCUUUCAAAUCUUAAUCACAUAAAAGCCAACUUUUUUGCAUUUAAAUGAGAAAUUUACAGAAAGAACCCUGGAUUUGGGUUAGUGGUUUUAUCUCCAAUGAGACAAUGUAGGAAGCAGGUUUUAGCAAGUCUAAUGCUCAGUGUGGGGCACUACAAUACAGUUCUGUAGCUGUAAAAGACUAAGCUUAAUGCCUGUAUUACUUAUCAAGUGUCAGUGCCGGAACAAGGCAAGACUUGGACAAGGAUGUCACAGAAAAAGAAACUUCUACCAUGAAUGUAAGCCUCCUUUCUCUUCAGGCUUCUUUUUCUCAGUCGUUUGAGGAAAGGCACCUUUUCUUGUGAUCUUAUUUUUUUUUUUCCAAGAGAUACCUGCAAGUGGUCAAUCACUGAAAGCACUUACUGUGCCACAGCAAUGCUCUGUAGGCCUAACCCAGCCCUACACCAUCUGUAAGUGGCUAGUCUCUUACAUCUCUGAGCUACACCUUGCCCUUUCCACAGUUCCACCCUUCCUCAGAUUUCUUGGGGUUUUCACUGCCCAGAGGCAGUUAUGAUUUCAGAAGUGGAGUUCAGAUGUCAGUCCAAAAUGCCUCUACUUCCUGAUGAGUCAGGCAAAAGACUUGGAGAUGUGCAACCACGUCAGGUGGUUCACCCUGCAGUUGCAUAGCAUACAGACCUGUCCUCCUGUGGACAAAGGACUGAUAUCUGAGACAUUUUCAUCCUAAUUCUGCUUCUAGUCUGCUGAAUCGAUCUCAGGCCAACAAUUUUAACAUUGUGCCACUGCAUAUAACUCUUCUGAGACUUCUGUAAGUGCUAAGAGGUAUGAACUCUCUCACUUAUUAAUUAGCAACACCUACAACAUAGAUAUACCUCUUUGCAAAACAUGUAUUUUAUACAAUAAAGAGGGCUUGCUAACCACACCACAAAAGCAUUUUUGUAUAUUCCAUACUGAUCCCCUUGCUUGUUAGCUGGUGUCUUUCAUUAGGAGCUAGCCUUGACUUGCUGUUUUCUACUCUGCACUUCUUAACGCUGUUCAUAACCUUGCAACUCAUAUUCUGAUCAGGCUCAUUAUAUUGAAGAUGCUGGAAAAAAAAUUCACUACCAUUUAAGUUGCCAAAUCAAUCAUCUUUAUACAGGUGAAUAUUGAACUGAGUAGAUAGCACAGUUUCUUUUGGGAAAGCCUAUUUAAUUCAAAGCUCCACAGAAAGAUGUUUGAAAACAUACAUAAACAUAUCAAUAUGAUGCAUAUGUUCUAUGUACAUUAAGUAUUCAUGAAGCAACUGUGUGCUGUUUUAAAUUGAGUUUGAUAGAUGGCUGUGUCAAUAUUUGUGUCCAAGUUAUUGAAAAGUAAAGUAAAACUUGAAUUUUUAGGACAUUC